ACCUGCCCUAGGAAUGGUUCAACUGCGGUCAAUGUGGAGCUCAUGGGGUCCCAAGAGCGGGAUACGCGGAACAGGAUGCUUCAUUGAGUAUGGUAUCUUGGCUUACUGCCGGCGUAGGACCGCGUUCAUUAUCCGACUCCUUCGACUUCCAAACGCAUGCUGGUGUAUAUAUUUGAGGACUCUCAAUGCUUGUAACGAACGCGUUUUCAAGCUUUUUAAGGGCUUGGGCAAGCUCAGUGAAUAUGCGUUUCAAUUUCCAGCAUGUUUUGGCCGCCUCCACAUUGCCAACAUGUUUUGCAACGUUGGGCGGAUUGACCGUUUCUCUUGAUGGAUACGGGAGCUUUUUCGGAACGACCAUCAACCAGACUUUAACACAGCAACCUCUUCCGGCUGGGGUUGAUGCUUGGCUUGGGAUUGACUACGCCACUCAGCCUACUGGAAAGGAUAGGUUCGCUCCAGUUACCUUUGCAAAAUCGUUUUCGGGCAUCAAGAACGCAACACAAUAUGGCUAUACUUGCGUACAAGAUCCGACAACGAACCCGUACCCGAUGGACGAGGCAUGCCUUAAUUUCAACGUAUAUCGACCGCAAGGCUUCAAUUUUAGGGAAAGACUUCCGGUCUUUGUUUGGAUACACGGUGGCGCUUUCCUCACCGGUUCUGCAAGGUCUUUUGAUGGAGCAUCGUUUGUCGCAAAUUCGAAAGAACCACUAAUAGUGGUCACCUUCAACUAUAGGGUCAACUCGUUAGGCUUCUUACCAACUCCUGCAUUUGAACGUCUAGGUCUUCUGAACCUUGGAUUGCUAGACCAACAACUUCUGCUGCAAUUCUUGCAGAAACACAUCUCGACAUUCGGUGGAGAUGCAGAACGAAUAACGAUAGGAGGCCGCUCAGCUGGUGCGCAUUCUGUUGGUAUUCAUCUUUUCCACAACUACAACAAGACCAGAGGUCCUUCUCCGUUAUUUUCGCAAGCCCUUCUCCAAUCCGGAAGCGUCACUUCUCGUUCCUUCCCUAACGCUUCAUACCCGCUCUACCAAGCCCAAUUCUCCAGGUAUCUUGAUCUUAUCGGAUGUGCAGGAUCUGCCAACGGAACUGACGAAGAGCUACUCGGCUGCUUGCGCGCUGCUCCCAUUGACGCGAUCCAAAACGCAAGCAGUCUCCUCUUCACGGAGAGUGAAUACGCAAUUACCUGGCCGUUCCAGCCCACGAAAGGGGGUCCACUUCUCGAGCAGGCCGGUUCGGUAUCCGGGAAAAACGGACAGUUCUAUCACAUCCCUACCAUCACGACGAAUGUUCCAGAUGAGGCCAAAUACUACUCGCCUGGCGACCUAGUCUCCAAUGAUGACUUCCUCGCCUACGUACACAACCUUAUACCUGGGCUCACGACACAAGAUCUAAGUGAUUUGGAGGAGCUCUAUCCCGAUCCCACAAAUUCCACAAACAGUAACUACUCGAACAGUCCUAAUUCGACGCAGUAUAAUCGUGUGAGCGCCGCUCUGACCGACUUUAUGUACGUGUGCCCUGGACAAGAAACCGCCGUGCGCAUGUCUACCGCCGGAGUCCCGGUCUAUAAAUUAGUCUUUGCGACCAACAACUCAUUCCCCACCUGGAGAGGCAUUCCGCAUACCUCAGAUACGAAAUAUACAUGGGCGGAAUCGCUGCAGGGCGGAAGCAAAGGUAUACAAUACCCAGAAGUCGGAAAGCUUCUUCACGCAUACUUUGCGGACUUUGUGGUAUCUGGCAGUCCUAAUGGAAAGCAAAGCCAGGACGCGCCAGCAUGGGAGAAGUAUGUUGACGGAGGUAAGACAAAGCCUGGUCUGCAGCUGAGAAUUGAACCUUUUGGAAACAGUAGGGUUGAGGGCGAUGGCAUCAGGAGGGUUCAAUGUGAGUGGUGGAGAGACGCAACCAGGGCUGCAAGACUCGAGAAAUAGUUCGUACCAUGAUGUGUGGAUAAAUCAGAUAUCUACAAGAAACCCAUUUGCAGCACACUGAUGAGCUGCUCAGACA